ACUUGUUCUGUUGAAUGAUAUCGUUGAUUUUAGUUGUAUCCGAAAAAAGGGCCAACACACAGACACAGGGCUGUCUGUCUGGUACAUUCCACGCCUAUGCUAUAGAAUCGAAUUUCGAAACACAUUGGCUUCUUCUUCUACUUCUACUUCUACUUCUGUUGUUCUCUUCUAUGAGGUAAGGCAAAUUUGAUUAUGGCAGACAUACCAGGUUAUGUGCGUGCCUGCUUGCAAUCCGGCAAACUUGCUUUCUUGGCAAUUUUGGUCUCUGGAGGGAUUGUACUGCAAAUAUUGGCAUGUGCUUUGUACGACAAUUGGUGGCCCAUGCUAACUGUAUUGAUGUAUGUGCUCCUUCCCAUGCCUUUGCUGUUUUUAGCGGGAUCUGAUGGUUCUUCUGUAAUAUCUGAAUCUGAGAGCCCCUGGGUGAAUGCGACUAAGUUCUUGACUGGAGCUUCAGCUGUUGGAAGCAUUGCCAUACCAGCUAUAUUAAAGCAUGCCGGUGUUAUUGGUUGGGGAGCCCUAGUAAUGGAGCUCUCAUCCUUUUUCGUACUUGUAUUUUCCAUAAUGUGCUACAUUAAGAUGGGUGGUGACAAUGAUUACAAUGCACUCUGAGAAGGCCCUGCUGUAUUUGUGUAAAGAAGUAUCAGUUUUAAGUUACACAUUUGAGGCUUCUGUUUCUUGAUUUCUUGA